GGCUUCUAGUAGCAACUGCUAGUAACUAAUAUAUAUUUGGGUUGGAUCGAAGUACUGUCAGCACGCCCAAUGUAGUGCACAAAACGUGCUUUAAUGGAAAAUAAUGACUCCGAUUCCUCCAAAGGCUAUAUGAAAAAAUAUAUAAUAUUUCAUUUUUUGAAUGACGAAUGGGGCAAAUGAAAACAAGGAAAACCGUAUUCACUAUUUUGUAUGAUAUAAAGAAAGACAUUAUUUCGCCGAUGACCGAUGUGAUUCCAAUGGCGAAGAAGGUUUACCCUGCGGCAGAGGCCUCAUGUUCUGGAAAAUACACAGUUUGGAUGAAAUCGCUUGUGUUCCACUCUAACGGCUGCACUGUGUAUGAUUCAAAUGGUGACAUCGUUUACCGCGUUGAUAACUAUGACAAAAAGGGAGCAACUCAAGUUAACCUUAUGGAUCUACGAGGCACACUUGUCUGUUCCAUUCACAAGAAAUUACUUACUUUUGGACGAUGGGAUGUUUAUAGAUGCAAUGGUUCUGAUUCCGAUUAUACAAGGCAGCAACAGAAAACGAAGAAGAAGCCAUGGUUUGAAGUGAAAACAAGUUAUAAGAUGAUGAUUACGGGAAGAGUAGCCAGUUGCCAAGUCACUACUAUAGGCUCCCAAAAAUAUUGCAUACACAGAAUCUGUAGCAAAACAUCAGGGUUUAUGAUCUUCAAUAUGAAGAACGGACACAUAGUCGCAAAUGCAAAGCAAAAGCAGACAUGUUCAGGGAUAUUACUGGGGAAGGAUGUUCUAAGGUUGGAUGUGGAAGGAGACAUAGAUCACUCUCUUAUAAUGGCCUUUGUCACUGUAUUUGCUCUAGUCUGCGGCUCAAUCUAAUCAAGUAUGUAAUUCAAUCAAAAGAAACAUAAAUAAAUAGUUACAAUAAAAGAAAAGUGGUGAUU